AUGGCCUAUAACACGCCUCGCUUCAAACGUGCGGCUGAAGACUAUGUCCGCACCACCUCCCAUUCCCACGAUGACUUCUACGGCCAACCCACCAAAAAGCCGCGCUUCGACGUGCGCAACCCGUCGGCCCUGGCUCCUGAUGCGUUGGAGGAGGAUGCUAUCCUGGAAGCAGACGUCAUCGGCUCACGGGGCCAGCAGGUGAAGCGUGGCGCAGUCAACAUCGACGGCUACGAUUCGGACUCGGACAACGAUAACUUCGACGCCCGCGCCGACCGAAAAGCGAAAGCGAAUGCAAAGGCGGACAAGGACAAAUCCCGGGGGGAAGUGGAAAAUGACAUGUUCGCUGAUCUCGAGGACGAUUUCAAAGACGGGGACGACUCAGAAGGCGACGCGGGGCGAAAAGGCGGCAAGAAAAAGGCAGUUCGGUUCAUCGACGAAGACGAGAUAGAAGGACAGAUUCAGAGCUCGAAAAGUGGCGGACACGUCUCCGCCAAUUUCUCGCUGGAUGGGCGAGGCAAGGGAAAAGCAAGAGAACUGGACGAUGAGGUGGAGAGCAGCAGUGAAAGCGAAGUGGACGACGAAAUACGAGCCAGUACGGGCGAACUGGAUCCCGAACUUGGGGCCGGGAGCAAGAAGUCCCAUGCUCCCAAGCUGGACGCUUUCAACAUGAAUGCAGAACAAGAAGAGGGCCGUUUUGACGACCAGGGGAAUUAUGUUCGAAAAGCGGCCGAUCCUGACGCGAUACAUGAUGUGUGGCUCGAAGGCAUGUCGAAGAAGGAAAUGAGGCGAGCAAAAGAGGCCGCCGACAAACGAGAAGAAGAGCGCAGACAACGUGACUUGGAGGAGGAUGCAAAGUCCACCGGCGACGUCCUGGCUGAGCUCAUUCCGCUGCUGGAACGCGGCGAAACCGUCCUGGAAGCCCUCGCCCGCCUUGCAAAGGGCAAGGACAAGAAGGCCAAGUGGCACCCAAAAAGUAAGCACAAGAAACAAACCGGGGGGACAGAGGGACACAUGGCAGCAGAAGACGAGGCCGUCGAGAAGGCUCGAAAGGCAAAGAUCGAAAAAAUUAGCGGUGCAGCGGCUAUCUUAUUAGGGAGAGGCCAAGCGGAGGUGUACGACACUGAAAGAGAACUACUCAUUCGACAAUAUCGAAGAGAAACUGGUAACGAGUGGAACGACCCCCCACAGCCCGACGACAUAGACACUCAAGCCAAUACUGACAAAUCCUCGGCACCACUCUGGGAGUAUAGGUGGACGGAUGCCAGAGACGGUGGAGCGAUAAACGGGCCUUUCGACGGCCAUACCAUGAAGCAGUGGAAUGAUGCUGGCUACUUUGGCGAAGGUGUUGAGUUCCGUAGGCAAGACGGUGGUGGCGAGUGGACCAGAGUCGCCGACUUCGCCUGA